AUGUCCAACCAGGACCAUCCCAUUGACCAAAUAGAGGUCGCUCCCGAUUCUAUCAACUUUGCCGACCUUACCAACUUUCCCAUCGCACCCAGCGAAGAAGCUGGUCCCCACCUCUCCGCCUCGGAAGCCCACCCAUCGCUACAAGAUGCCGCCGGGCCGUCAACUACAUACAUCCCUCGGCAGCCCUCUCCGCCUCUCCCUGACCUCAAGACGAGGUCCUUUCCCGCUGUCGCCGCCGACUCUGACGAAGAGGACGCAGACGAUGAGCCCAUAGCUACCCUGCCUGUGUAUAUGUCUCCCGCAUUACUGCAACAAGGCGGCGUGGAUAUAUAUCAGUAUCCUCUGCAGCAUCGUGAUAUCAGUGUGCCUACUUGGGCUCGGGAUAGAGGGAAGACUAUAUCGGCUCGAGUAAAGGAGAACGUGGCGAGGGUAGAGGUUGAGAUCCCGGUCGACGCUGGCGCGGCUUACUGGCGUGAAGAUCGAGCCUCCGACCUGGGAUUUGUCGUGGACGUUACGAACGGUGACGACAGUACGGUUGGCGGCUAUGGGUUUGGGGGAAAAGAAAAAGACAAGAAGGGAAAGGAAAAGGCAUCUAGGAAGAAGGAGGAGAAGUGGGGCGACAAGAUGAGACUCAGCAGUGAAGUGGUGCCGAAUGCCACUGGGUACUAUACGGGUGUGAUCAGAGAUGGUAAGUGGAUUGACAAUUUCUCAGAACUCUUUUGCUCAUGGAACCCAUCAGGCGCCGUUCACCUUUGCCCGGUUUCUCGUGUUCUUCAAUUCCGAACAUCUUUGGGCUACCUCGACGAUGUUGAACAGCGCUCGCGGACUCGUCGAACCACCAACGGCAAUGCCGAGUCUGACGACGAAGACGCUCCGAAGAAGAAACGAGCUCCACCCCCACCUGUCGCCAAGCCGCGCAAGGUUCUCGACGAUGAAGAGAAUGAUGGUACGGGGUCCAUCAAAGAUUUCAGAAACAAGAUGUGGGCGAUGGCCCAGAAGGAGGACGAGGAUGACUGGGUUGCUUACCAGUGGAAGGCUGGAGGAGAGGAGAGCUCUGUUGUAGACGCUCUCGAAGGACUGAUUCUCCCCGAGGAGAAGCGAGAAAGGCUCACUUGCAAGACACGGCCUUUGGACUAUCUGGACCGUGCUCAGUGA